AUGACUUCUUUCGAUGGCCGCACGCUCGCGUCCAGCGCGGCUUCGGCCGUGCCCCUUCUCGUCCACGGCAGAAGGCGCGUCAAAGAGGGCUUGGUCGACGAGUUCAAGGAGCGUUUCUCGUCUCUCGCCGCAUCGUCGACAAGACCGGGCUCGGGUAUUCACGCGAUGUUCGCUUUCGCCGAUCAUGACGACCCGCGCGUUUUCUGGCACGUUUUCUGGUCUGCGGGAGCAUCCUCCUUCGCGCACGAUGCGAGUCAACAGGAAAGCUUGGCAGCGUAUUACGAGAGCUCCGAGCAGGAUCCGGACGCGUUGGAUUGCUACGGCGGGUGGACCGAGGGACUGGCUGCGGAGUCUGCAGCUAAUUCGUCGGUGACAUACCGAUUCCACGCUCCGAUGGCGGGGUUCGUCAAAGCCGACGACGCGGGGCUGAUCCCGGAAGGGCCUCCUCUGUUUGGCUUCACGAAGCGAUACGUCAAACCGGGCUGCAUGGACGAUCUCGCGUCGUCGUUUCAGACCGUGAGCGAUCUUUGGCGCGCGAAGGUGCCCGGAAUCUUGGGUGCGUCGGUCUCGCGCGACCCCGAUCACGCGGAUCGGGUCCAUGAUCUCCGGCUCUUUGCGAACCACGACGCGUACCUGAAACACAUGGAUAAAUCCGACGACGCGCUAACGGCCGCGAUGGGCGUCUGGUUUGCGAACUACGACACGAGCCGCCCCUUUAUCGGCGAGAUCUACGCGCCCGACCCGAACGACGAGCGCCUGCACAAAAGCUCGGUCACGUCGAGCCCCGCGCCGCCGAUCGGGCUCACCUCGUUCCGGCUGGGCGCGCCGGAGAUGCUCGGCCCGAUCCCGACAGGCGAACAGCGCAAGGCCUAG